UUCUGUUCUUUUCCUUUCUUUUUUCUUUUCUUUUCUUUCGAAACAAUCACAUCAACCCUUCUCAUUUACUCAAAAAGUUACUCUUUUCCCUCUCCCCAGACUCCGUUCGCUACCUCCCAUCUCCUUACGUACUUGACCGUACAAUUACUCUACUUUUUUUCAAAAUCUAACUCUUCCUUUGCUCCCAUGGCAAAUUCACUCAUUAUCUGAUCUUAUAACCAAUAUUUCAGAAUACCCUUUUUCUACUUAUUCUUAGAUUUUUUUUUAUUAAAAGUCAAAUGGAUUCUCCUCAUGAAUCAAUAUCAGCAGCAAACGCGGCGGCCGCACGGAACGGCAACACGGUGCCACCGUUUCUGAGCAAAACCUACGAUAUGGUGGAUGACCCAUCGACCAACUCGGUUGUGUCGUGGAGUAACAGCAACAAUAGCUUCGUUGUGUGGAAAGUGCCGGAGUUUGCAAGGGACCUUUUGCCUAAGUAUUUCAAGCACAAUAAUUUCUCCAGCUUUGUCAGACAGCUCAAUACUUAUGGUUUUAGGAAAAUUGACCCUGACCGUUGGGAAUUUGCUAAUGAGGGGUUCCUAAGAGGUCAGAAACAUCUCUUAAAAACUAUCAGCAGGCGGAAACCUGCUAAUGUCCACAAUAAUGAGCAACCUCAAGCUCAGAGGUCAUCUCAAGGAGCUUGUGUUGAGGUAGGGAAGUUUGGGCUCGAAGAGGAGGUUGAAAGGCUUAAAAGGGACAAGAAUGUUCUCAUGCAGGAACUUGUUAGGUUGAGGCAGCUGCAGCAAGCCACAGAUAACCAGUUGCAAACUGUUGGCCAGCGUGUACAGGUGAUGGAGCAGAGACAGCAGCAAAUGAUGUCUUUUCUUGCUAAGGCCAUGCAAAAUCCAGGUAUCUUAAGCCAGCUUGUACAGCAGCAGAAUGAAAGCAACACUCGCCUUACUGGUGGAAACAAGAAGAGGAGACUCUCCAGGCAGGAUGAAGAAAAUUUAACUGGUGAACGUGGUGCCAUAUCUCGUAAUGGGCAGAUUGUAAAGUUCCAGCCUUCACUGAAUGAGGCAGCAAAGGCAAUGCUGCACCAGAUAUUGAAGAUGAACAUGUCACCUAGGCUUGAACCUUCGAUAAAUAACCCUGAUGCUUUCAUGAUUGAUGGUGCUACUCCUUCCAAUGCAUUAGACAGCUGGAGCUCCUCCAAUUGGGUUUCUGGAGUGACACUUUCAGAAGUCCCACCUGCUUCUGGGCAGUCUUAUCUGGAAGCAGAAUCAUGUUUUCCUGACACUUGUUCAUCUACUGCCAAUCAUUUAACAACUGAGCAUACUAAAGUGGAUCAAAUUUCUGAGAUAACUAUGCAGAAAUCACAGAAAGAUGCAGUUUUUCCAAACGUUACUCAAAUGCAAGGAAUUGUGCCUGAUGAUACUGUCAGAUUUACUGAUGCAAGUUUGGCAGAGUCUGAGAGAGGGAAGGCAGAGUAUCUUGAUCCAAUGGCAGCCGUUUUGGGUGGUGCAAUUCCUCUAGAAACUGAUCAGUUUUCAACUGAUCAUGAUAUGGACAACUUGCUGGAUGGAACCCCUAAGCUUCCAGCAAUUAAUGACGUAUUCUGGGAACACUUUCUUACAACAAGCCCACUCACUGGAGACACAGAUGAAAUUAACUCGAGUUCACCAGAAAAUGGUGCGAACGAGGAACAUGGAUCACUGUUAGGGCAGGAGAAUGUAUGGGAUGGGAUUCAGCAUAUGAAUCAUCUUACUGAGCAAAUGGGCCUUCUUACAUCAGAUAGCAGGAGGGCAUGAUGCACUACAUAUUUUAUAUACGUGUUUCUUGCUAUUAUGAGAAGUUGAUGAUCUUUGAUGCUGGCAAGAAAAAAAGCUCUUGCUCAAAGAGAGCAACUUUUGUUGUUAAAGGAGUUGUUUAUGUGUUAUAUGUACUAAUAAACAUAAAAUGCUUUCAAAAUAAUUAUCUCAAGAAACAUUAAUAAUGAAUUUCGAGUUUAACUUAA